AUAUUAACUAGUCAUUUAAGAAACGCGUUGCUCGUUCCGCUUACGUUCAUUCCGCUCCAAGGAGAUGUAGGAAUUUGAAUUUCGCGGAACGCUCGCGAUUGGUUCUGCUCUUAUUCCGUGUUCCGCCAUUCUGCUGAAUGGCUUCACAUCUAAAUGUAUCAGUUAUCUUUCUUGUUCACCAAAUGUUGAACAAGGAUGAAUGAUGCAUCAGGCGUGCAACGGAAUGUACGUCUUAGUAUAGAUAUUUGUGGUUAAGUGCUUUCUCAUCAAAAACAAUGUAGUGUCGACAGCAAUAUAUAACUUCUUUCUUCCGAAUCUGCAAAUUUGAGAUUACGUUUUUCAGUGUUCUUUUCGCUGAGCCUCUUUCAUGAUAAUAUGCAUUUUUUAUAUGGGAUAAUGAUCUUGCAAGUAUUACGUUCGAUGAUCAUAUGCAUGGAGAAUUCGAAGCUGUUUUGAUGAGUUGUUCAACAAAACGUCAGGAAGGAUGCUUGGAAGUUGUGCGAGUCUGAUUAGAUUAAUCAGACGACGUGUCGUUCUUGGACUCAUCUUCGCUCUGUCACUUACGUAUUGUGCUCUUUCAUUACUUCGAAGUGAAAAGAAAGAUUCGUUGAAUCUAGACAAUGAUUUUGAUGAUAUGGAUCCUAUGAUGCUUAAUGAUAACAAUGAAGAUUUAAUGCCUGAUGAUAACAUGCUUCCAGAAGAGCUAAGAAUAUCCAGUAAACCUUCCUGGCAAGUAGAAAUACCUGAUCGAGCGGAUAAUACUGGAAAUAUGGAUGUAAUCAAUCACGAGAACGAUGCUUGUCGCAAUUCCGUUCAGGGAAAGGGUUUAAUCGUAGACGAACGCGGCAUAGUAUGUUCAAGACACGAAGUUCUGUCAAAUGGAUGUUGUGCAAUAGAGCCGGAACAGGCUUCGAAAAAUGACGAGAUUUGGUCUAUGGUUAAAAGAGAGAGAUACAGCUGUCAAACGUGCAAUUCGCGAGGAUGCUGCACUAUUUAUGAAUAUUGCGUUUCUUGUUGCCUGCAUCCUGAUAAGCAAAUUUUACAAAUGAGAGGUCGAAAGUCGGGGUCUGCGAGGAUGCAAAAAAACGGUGGGAAACUGCGUAUACAUAAUUUGGAUCGCUUUAAGAUUUGUUUAGCCGUUUGUCGCACAUCGAGCUCGAGCGUGCAACACGAGAACACUUAUAAAGAUCCUCUCGCGAAACAUUGUUACGUCUCACAACCGUUGAAUUCUCAACGACACCAACGCAGUUUUAAUUCAUUAAAUAAUAACGGCGACAGUCCCGCCGUUGUCGUUACUUCUUCUUCUGUAGUAAUGUUACUUAUCCAUCUCUCUCCCGAAUGUCACACCUCAUAUUGUCCAUUAAACGAAUCCCAUGUUGACCUCUCUUCUUACAUUGACAUUAUUAUAUAUAUACAAAUAUAUCGAAACUAUGUUAACUUUAAUAUCCCCGGUUAUUAUUCCCGUUUCAAAAUAUACAAUAUAAUUUAAUUAUUAAACAUUCAA